UUUUAGGACGGGAAAGACACAAGAUACAGAAUAUAAAGCAUGAAGUUUGUAGUUAUGGCAAUUUGAUAUUAUCGGCAGCCUCACCUAGUAAACCUACGUCAACAUAGCCUGUCCCCUGUGACCCUCAAAACUACGUCACAGGUCGACCAAUAUCAUUUCCCCAACCAACCACUUCAAUGCAUCCCAAUCCAUCCCAAAUCAACUCCUUGGAUAUUGCCGUCCUCUCAAACACUCCUCCAGCACCACUCCCGCACCACCACCAUAACCAACCCUCCAAUUCGGCACUCACCAUGACAGCCUCCCAACAAACCACCUACCUCAACGCCAUCCACGGCACUUCCACCAUCCUCACCCCCACCACCAACGCCAACCAACCCGGCACCAGCGCCAACACCAUGGGUUCCACCACCGCCUCGGGCCACGGCCCCCACCCUUCCGACCACCCCCCCAACGCCCAUCCCAUCCUGCCCACCCGCCGCGUCGGACCACCGCAGGCCGAGCUCGAGGGGGAGCAGAUGGCGGAUCCGGGGGAAGGGAGGGUGAUGGAUGCGCAGCUGCAGAAGAAGGGCGGUGGAUGGGGAGAGGAGGAUUCGUUGACGGAGGGGCUGGAGAGGAAGAAGAGGGAGCAGGAGGGGGAGAGGGGGAGGUGCGAGGAGGAGAGGAGGAGGGGGGGGAUGUAG